UCGGCGGUUUUUGUGUUGUUGCUCGUCGUCCCCCACUCUGCCGAGGUUCCCCGGUGACAGUGUGUGGUCUCCGCGCCCGGGAUGGAGCCGCUGGACGACCUGGAGCUGCUCAUGGAGAAGACCUUCGGGGAGGAGGCCGCGCGGCCGCCGGAGCUAUUUCAGAACAAGGUGGAAGCUUCCUUCCCAAAAACAGUCUUGAGCCGAGGAAUGGAUAACCGAUACCUGGUGUUAGCAGUCACUGAUGUACAGGAUGAAGAAGGCAGCCAGGAAAAGCACUUAAUCAUCACUGCUUCCCAGUCGCUGGAAGACAAAGAGCAGUGCAUCCUUAGGAAUGGCUGGUGUUCUGUUCCAGUACAGCCAGGGGAUAUCAUUCAUUUGGAGGGGGACUGUACUUCCGAUACUUGGAUAAUAGAUGAAGAUUUUGGAUAUUUGAUUCUGUAUCCAGACAUGCUGAUUUCCGGCACAAGCAUCGCCAGUAGUAUUCGAUGUAUGAGAAGAGCUGUCUUGAGUGAAACUUUUAGGAGCUCAGAUUCAACGACCCGCCAAAUGCUAAUUGGUACAGUUCUCCAUGAAGUAUUUCAAAAAGCAAUAAGUGAUAGCUUUGCCUCAGAAAAGCUCCAAGAGCUUGCUUCUCAAACUGUUCAAGAAAUAAGACAUUUGAAGGAAAUGUACCGCUUAAAUCUCAGUCAAGAUGAAGUAAAACAAGAAGUAGAGGAGUAUCUUCCUUCAUUUUCUAAGUGGGCUGGAGACUUCAUGCAUCAGAACACGGACUUCCCUCAGAUGCAGCUCUCUCUGCCAAGUGAUGGCAGUAAUAAUAAUUCAACAUGUCACAUUGAAGUAAUCAAUUCAUUGGAUAUUGAAGAAAGCAUUUGGUCCCCUAGGUUCGGACUAAAGGGCAAAAUAGAUGUUACAGUUGGUGUGAAAAUACAUCGAGGUCAUAAGACAAAAUACAAGAUAAUGCCCUUGGAACUAAAAACUGGCAAAGAAUCAAAUUCUGUUGAACACCGUAGUCAGGUUGUUCUGUAUACACUGCUCAGCCAAGAGAGAAGAGCUGACCCCGAGGCUGGCUUGCUUCUGUACCUCAGGACCGGUCAGAUGUAUCCUGUGCCUGCCAACCACCUAGACAAAAGAGAAUUAUUAAAACUAAGAAACCAGAUGGCCUUCUCUUUGUUUCACCGUAUUAGCAAAUCUGCUACUGGAAAUGAUAAGACACAACUUGCUUCUUUGCCACAAAUAAUUGAGGAGGAGAAAAUCUGCAAAUAUUGUUCACAAGUGGGUACCUGUGCUCUUUAUAGCAGAGCAGUUGAACAACAGAUGGAUGACAGUUCCAUCCCAAUUGUCAUGGUGCCCAGAAUAAAAGAAGAAACCCAACAUCUGAAGCCUACACACUUAGAGUAUUUCAGACUUUGGUGUCUAAUGUUAACCCUGGAGUCGCAAUCAAAAGAGAACAGAAAGAAUCACCAGAAUAUCUGGCUAAUGCCUGCUUCAGAAAUGGAGGAGAGUGGCAACUGCAUUGGCAACCUGAUUAGACGAGAAAAUGUAACAAGAGUGUGUGAUGGACAGUAUUUACAUAACUUCCAGCGGAAAAAUGGUGCCGUGCCUAUCACAAAUCUAAUGGCAGGUGACAGAAUUAUUUUAAGUGGAGAAGAGAGAACACUGUUUGCUUUGUCCAGGGGGUAUGUGAAGGAGAUUAACCUGACAACAGUAACCUGUUUGUUAGACAGGAAUUUGUCUGUACUCCCAGAAUCAACAAUAUUCAGAUUAGACCAGGAAGAAAAAAAUUGUGACAUAGACACCCCUUUGGGAAAUCUUUCUAAAUUGAUGGAAAACACUUAUGUCAGCCAAAAACUUCGAGAGCUGAUCAUAGACUUCCGUGAGCCCCAGUUUGUAUCCUACCUCAGUUCAGUCCUCCCACAUGAUGCAAAGGAUGCAGUUGCCCACAUUCUAAAAGGUUUGAAUAAGCCUCAGAGGCAAGCAAUGAAGAAGGUUCUUCUCUCCAAGGACUACACGCUCAUUGUGGGAAUGCCUGGGACUGGGAAAACAACUACGAUAUGUACUCUUGUAAGAAUCCUCUAUGCCUGUGGUUUCAGCGUUUUGUUGACCAGCUAUACACAUUCUGCCGUUGACAAUAUUCUCUUAAAGUUAGCUAAGUUUAAAAUAGGAUUUUUGCGUCUGGGUCAGACUCAGAAGGUUCAUCCAGAUAUCCGGAAAUUCACAGAGCUGGAAGUUUGCAGAUCAAAGUCCAUCAAAUCUUUGGCUCUUCUGGAAGAACUCUAUAAUAACCAACUCAUAGUUGCAACAACAUGUAUGGGAAUAAACCAUCCAAUAUUUUCCCGUAAAAUUUUUGAUUUUUGUAUUGUGGAUGAAGCCUCUCAAAUUAGCCAGCCGAUUUGCCUGGGACCACUUUUCUUUUCACGGAGAUUUGUGUUGGUGGGAGAUCAUCAGCAGCUUCCUCCCCUCGUGCUGAACCGUGAAGCUAGAGAUCUUGGCAUGAGUGAAAGCUUAUUUAAGAGGCUGGAGCAGAAUAAGAAUGCCGUGGUGCAAUUAACCGUGCAAUACAGAAUGAACAGUAAAAUUAUGUCCUUGAGUAAUAAGCUAACCUAUGAGGGGAAGCUGGAGUGUGGCUCAGACAAGGUGGCCAGUGCCGUGAUAAACCUCCCUAAUUUCAAAGAUGUGAAGCUGGAGCUGGAAUUUUAUGCUGAUUACUCUGAUACUCCUUGGCUGCUUAGAGUAUUUGAACCAAACAUUCCUAUUUGUUUUCUGAAUACAGACAAGGUUCCAGCACCAGAACAAGUUGAAAAAUGUGGUGUGAGCAAUAUAAUAGAAGCCAAACUCAUUAUUUUCCUGACCUCAAUAUUUAUUAAGGCUGGAUGUAACCCCUCUGAUAUUGGUAUCAUUGCACCGUACAGGCAGCAGUUAAAGAUCAUCAAUGAUUUAUUGGCACAUUCUUCUGUUGGGAUGGUGGAAGUUAACACGGUAGACAAGUAUCAAGGAAGAGACAAAAGUAUUAUCCUUGUGUCUUUUGUUAGAAGUAACCAGGAUGGAGCUCUUGGUGAACUCCUGAAAGACUGGCGCCGUCUUAACGUUGCUAUAACCAGAGCCAAACAUAAACUGAUUCUCCUGGGCUCUGUGCCCUCAUUAAACCGCUAUGCUCCCUUGGAGAAGCUGCUUGGUCAUCUAAAUUCAGAAAAACUCAUCAUUGAUCUUCCAUCAAGAGAACAUGAAAGUCUUUGCUAUAUCCUGGGUGAUUUUCAAAGAGGAUAAAGCACUGUUUUUGCUUUCUUACUUGGACGUUGUCAUGCUAGCUAGUGCCUCCUCCUACUUGUCCUCUGAGUUUGAUAUAAACACAUGGCUGGUUAGACUGUGAAAAUAACUUGUGUCCAAGAAGUACAAAAUGAGCUGUGUGUUCAGUGUUCCAGUAGUUUAUUUAUUUUUUGGAAUAAUUUUAUUAAACCUAAAACUCUUCUGCCACACAAAUUUAAUAGUGUUUUUGUAAGUACAGGUUUGCCCCAAGCUGUGUAAAGUCUGCAUUUAUCAGUUGUAUAAAAAUAUUUUUGCAUGACCUAAAGAAAUGGAUUAACUUUUGGAUCUGAACUCCACACGUUGAAGCCCAAAAUUUUAAGACUAAUUUAAUUUAGUUGAAUUUACUUGUAAGAGUUUUAUUUGAAAGAUGGAAAGAAUAAAGUUGAUUUUUUUCAUCACUUAAGCACAAUUUUGUUACGAUGAGAACUUAGAAGUGAUUCUUCUCUCUGUUAAUUAGGCCCCUGAUCCAAAGGCCAUUAUGCUAUUUGUCUUUUUCCUGACCUUGCUUUCUGGAACUAAAUGUUUUCACUUUAAACCUAGUGUUUUAAACUACAACUGUGAAUUGACUGUUUCUGGUUCAUUUCUUAUGCCCCCUUAAUCGCCGCCUUUUUUAUAUUCAGUUUUUUGGUAUUCUGGAGUAGAUUUGAUAUGAAAGAACAUAAUUCUUAAUCUUUUGAGAAGAAUUUUUUUCUGAAUUGAUAAAUUGAAAAGGCAUAUCCCCGUUUCCCCUUCAUUCACAUUCAUUUACUCCUUAGUCUGGAGCCUUUCUGGAUUUUUCCUGAUUGUGUAAACACAUUUCUAAAGCAGAGUUAUCUCAAAGUGGUGAAUUUGUGCAUGGUAAGAGAUUUUUACCUCAGUGUAUCCAUGUCCUUGGUGGGGAACCUUCCCUUUCUGUUGAGGGUUUUUUUUGUUUUUGUUUUUGUUUUUUCUAAAUGAGUGUUAAUGUUAAAAUAGUUGCUUCUACCUCUUUUUCUUAAUACUUGAAGUUGUUAUUUAAUAAA